CCUUCAGUGAGACUAUAAGAGAGCGGAGAGACAGACAGCCAUCACUCCACACACACAGAGACGGAGAGAGAGAGAGAGACACACACACGCGCCGCUCACGGACAGCAGACGCAGACAUGAACGCCGCUCCUCCAGCGGGAAGCGCUCUGGCCACGCCCGCCAGCACCACCGGCCCCACCACACCCAAGAAAGGGCCACCCAAGUUCAAGCAGAGACAGACACGCACCUUCAAGAGCAAGGCCCCCAAACCCGGGCAGAAAGGGUUCGGCGAUGAUAUUCCUGGUAUGGAGGGUCUCGGCACAGAUAUCACCGUUGUGUGCCCAUGGGAGGCGUUCGGAGACAUGGAGCUCAGCGAUCUGGCCAAAUACGGCAUUAUCUAAACCCCGCCUCCUCCACAUCACCGCCUUUGACCCCGCCCCCAUCGCCCUUUUGUUUGAUGUUGUCGUGUGGUUAUGACGUGUGAUGGUAAAGGACUGAUUCAACACAAGGACUUUGUCAUUAUUGAUAUGAUUGCUAUUAUUAUGAUUAUUAUUAUUAUAUAAUAUUUUAUAUUUUGUAUAAGUUGCGAUAAGACGACAACCUAUCCCCUCCCCCACACCCCUGUUGUCAAUCGACACCCCUAGCCGUGACUCCGCCCUCACAGAUCACAAAAGGCAUUUUUCCUGUAACAGCGACGACAUCACUUCCUCUCGUAGAGCCCGUCCC